AUGGCACCAGUCAAUCUUAUCGAGAGCUAUCAACCAUCUUUACUUCCACAGCUCACCCUGCCUAGCUUCCUAACCUCUCCCAUCGUCGAAAUCAUCAUCGGUCAAGACGAGGACGAGACAGUCCUCACGGCUCACCAGACCCUUCUCCUUGAAUCACCUUUCUUAAACGAAUUCGUCAAGAAUUUUGAAGUGUCGGGGCCACGGCGCAUUCCGCUUCCCACAGAGAACGUUGAGGCGUUUGGUUGCUUUUUACAAUUCCAAUACACUCGUGACUACACCGUCACUCAAAAUGAAACCUCUGGGCCCUCAGACGGGACAGAUGACAGUGGGGACCAGUUGCUCCGUCAUGCGCGUAUAUACACGCUGGCUGAGAAGCUGGGCUUGCCUCAUUUGAAGAAUCUAGCCCAUAAAAAGAUCCACAAAGUCAAUAGCACGCCGGGUGGUGAAUUGACUUACGCCCGUUAUGUCUAUACGCAUACCUCACUUGACGAUACCACAAUCCGACGACCCGUCGCCUCUUACUGGGCUACCCGUGGUCAUACUCUGCGACAUGCGCUGGACGACCAAUUCAAAAGGCUUUGUAUUGAGGUGCCGGAAUUCGGUUUCGAUGUACUAACAAUUGUCAUGGACCGCACGGAAAAGCACACGGAGGUCGAUUCGAGUAUUCGUGGGAGUGCUAGGAAGCGUCUUCGGGGUGAGAAGUAG